GCCUGCAGUGCGCUGCUGCGUGAGGCGGCGGCGGCAGCGGCAGCCGGGCCACAAUGGUGUUCGAGUCGCUGGUCGUGGACGUGCUGAACCGGUUUCUGGGCGACUACGUGGUGAACCUGGACAGCUCCCAGCUGAAGCUGGGCAUCUGGGGAGGAGCCGUAGCACUUAAGAAUCUUGAAAUAAAGGAAAAUGCACUAAGUCAGUUGGAUGUACCAUUCAAAGUGAAAGCGGGUCAUAUUGGUCAGCUUAACCUACAGAUCCCAUGGCAAAAUCUUUAUACUCAACCCGUUGAAGCUGUUUUGGACGGAGUUUAUUUGCUUGUAGUGCCCACAGCCAGUAUAAAAUAUGAUGCUGAGAAGGAAGCCAGACAGCUCCUAGAAGCAAGGCAAAGAGAAUUACAAAGAAUAGAGGAAGCAAAACAGAAAAUAGCUGAUCAGGAUAAAGCAAAAGAAGAAAAGCAAGACACUUUUGUAGAAAAGUUAGUCACUCAGGUCAUCAAAAAUCUUCAAGUGAAAAUUUCCAACAUUCAUGUGCGAUAUGAAGAUGAUAUUACAAAUCGAGAGAACCCAUUGUCAUUUGGUGUUUCACUUCAGAAUCUCAGUUUGCAAACAGCAGAUCAAAAUUGGAAUCCAUGUUUACAUGAUGAAACUGCCAAGCUGUUCUAUAAGAUUGUACGACUUGAUAACUUUUUUGCCUACUGGAAUGUGAAGUCUCAGAUGUUCUACCAUGGUGGUUAUGAUGAAUCUUUGAAUAAUUUAAAGCAAGGAGUUGCCUGCCAAAAUAUGAUUCCAGAUGGUUAUGAGUUUGUAUUUCGUCCAAUUUCAGCUAAAGCCAAACUCCGUAUGAAUCCUCGAUCUGAUUUUGACUUUUCUUCACCAAAAAUGGACUUGGAUGUAAAUUUACAGGAUAUAGCCAUUGAAUUUAAUAAACCACAGUACUUCAGUGUUAUGGAGCUCCUUGAGUCCAUUGAUAUGAUGACCCGAAACCUACCAUACAGGAAAUACAGGCCUGAUGUUCCUUUGCACAACAAUGCCAAGGCAUGGUGGAAAUACAUUAUUUACAGUGUCCUUGAAGUAAAUGUCCAACCUAAGCUUAAUAUGUGGUCAUGGGAACACAUUCAGCAUCACAGAAAACAAGUGAGGAAUUACAAAGAGAUGUAUAAAAUGAAGAUAACAUCAAAGAAACCCAAUGAAGAGACUUUAAAAUUUUUGGAAGAAUUUGAAAAGACAUUGGACAUCUUUAAUAUCACAUUAGCCAGACAGCAGGCAGAAGUUGAGGCAACCAAAGCUGGAUUAAAGAUUUACAGACCAGGGGUGAAACAAGCUGAAGAUAGUUCUGGUGGCUGGUUUGGAUGGAUAUGGGGCUGGUCAGGGGAAAAAGAAGAUGAAAAGAAGCAACAGGCAAAGGGCGCAAGUCUUGAAGAAUUGAUGACACUUGAAGAAAAGGCUAAACUCUAUGCAGCAAUUGGAUAUAGUGAAACAACUGUUGAUCCUACACUGCCCAAGUCAUAUGAAGCCAUAAGGCUCUCUGUAAAGCUGUUAAGCAUGUCCAUAUCAAUAAGGGAAAACCAGGAGAAACCUGAGUUGAUAAAAUUUGCAUUAAUUGACCUGAGUACAAUGUUCACACAACGACCAGGUGCACAGGCAAUAAGAUUUGAAACAAAAAUAAACUCAUUCGAAGUUAUGGGCAUGUCUCGAGAAAAAUGUAUACCCUGUCUACUAUCUUCUCGAACAGUCUGUUCAGAAAACAAUACAUCACUCUUGAGCAUAAUGUUUGAAACCAACCCCUUAGAUGAGAAAGCUGAUCAAAAAAUCAGAGUAGAAGCACAGCCAUUGGAAAUAAUAUAUGAUGCAAGGACUGUGAAUAGCUUAGUGGACUUUUUUAGACCUCCAAAAGAUGUACAUUUAGAGCAACUGACCUCUGCAACUUUGAUGAAGCUUGAAGAAUUUCGUGAGAAGACAUCAACAGGAUUGUUAUAUGUUAUUGAAACACAGAAAGUUCUUGAUUUAAACAUUAACUUAAUGGCAUCAUAUAUCAUCGUUCCCCAAAAUGGUUUUUAUGAAUCUACAUCAAAUUUACUACUUCUGGAUCUUGGUAAUCUUAAGAUGACAAGUAAAAGUCGUUCUGACCUAUCAGAUCUCAAAGUAGGCCAAAACACUAUUGAAAACAUAAUGUCAAGAGCCUAUGAUGUAUUUGAUAUUCAGCUAAGCAGUAUACAGCUACUUUAUAGCAAACAUCAUGAAAAGUGGCAGGAGGCUCGUAAGCUAAAAUGUUCGUCUCAACAUAUCUUGCAGCCAAUGGAUUUGAAAGUGGAAUUUAGCAGAGCUAUGGUUGUCUCUGAUGCAAGAAUGCCCAAAUUCAAAAUUUCUGGACAGCUGCCUUUACUCUCUGUCCAAAUAUCAGACAAGAAACUGACUGGUAUCUUGGAGCUAAUUGACAGCAUUCCUAAACCAGAAAGUGCUCCUGCCACAGCUUCUCCUCCAAAAAUGUCCCAGAUUCAGGUGUCACCAGUGCUUUCAACACACGUGUCACAAAAUGUCCUUCCUGUUUUGGAUCUUCACUCGUUACCUGAAUCAGAAUCCGAAGAAGAAUUUUAUGAUGCUCCAAGUAGUCCUGUAGAAGACAUGCCAUUUUUUGAAGCAUCAUCUGGCUCCCUCACCAGAGCGAACAGCACGAGAAAAAAAAAGUUACAUAAGCAAGAAUCACUGAAGAAUAUGACAGACCUUCAAUUGAAAUUUGAAAUACCUGAGGUCUUAAUUCAGUUGUGUCGUCUUGAUGAUGAUGAUACUCAAAAGCCUGUGUUGCAGCUAAAAGUUAUAGGAUUAGGCACUGAACUUAAACUAAGAACGUUUGAUAUGUCUGCACAUGCUUUUCUUAGAGAAGUCUGUCUAUUAUGUCCAGAGUACAUAGAUGACAAUGACAAACCUGUGUAUAUCAUUACAACUCUGGAUAACACAGAGGAUGAUCUUCUUACACUGGAGUACGUAAAGACUGAUAUUAAUGGACCAGAGCUGAAAACUACUUAUAAGAAUGUUCUACAGUUGUUAAAGGUGAAUUUCUCUUCCUUGGAUGUUCAUUUGCAUACUGAAGCACUUCUGAAUGCUAUGAAUUACCUAAGUAAUCUUUUAGCAAAGCAAGAGACUAAAGUAACAGACGAACUAGCUCAAGAAAAAGAGGAGGAGAAAAAAGAUGUCCUUAAGAAAUUAAAGUCAAAAAAAUCCAAAUAUGAGGAUGUUGUGGAUCUCCAUAUCUGUGCAGAUUUAUCCUGUUUACGGGUUUUUAUUAGAGAACAAAAACACAGGAUAUCUGAAAUUCACAUUGAAGGUCUGGACAGCCAAGUGGUCAUGAGAAAAGCAGCUACUGAAGUGAUUGCAAAAUUAAAGAACAUAAGUAUUAUGGAUUCUGAUGAGAAGGCAUUGUAUAAAAAGGCUGUUUAUAUCACAGGCGAAGAAGUCUUCAGUUUUAAAAUGGUGUCUUAUAUGGACGCUACAGAUGGUGGUGCCUAUGUAGAUAUGAAUGUUUUUGACAGCCAGGUUUACUUAACUGUUGGCUGCAUUCAAGUUGUUUUUGUCAACAAGUUUGUUUCAUCUAUAUUGGCUUUUAUAAACAACUUUCAAGCUGCUAAGGAAGCUGUUACUGAAGCAACUGUUCAAGCAGCAGAGAAAGCAGCUACAGGUGUGAAAGAAUUGGCACAAAGGUGUUCCCGAAUGGCAUUGGAUGUCAAUAUUAAAGCACCCGUAGUCAUAGUGCCACAGUCAGCUGUGUCGACUAAUGUUUUGGUUGCUGAUUUUGGUCGUAUCACCGUAAGGAACAAGUUCUUCAUUGCUAAAACAAAACUACGAUGUGCCCUUCCACCUGUUGUUGACUCAAUGACAGUGAAUUUGAGUGAACUAAAGCUGUACAGGUCAUCAUUUGAGAGAGGUUCACUGCAAACUGAAAUACAGCUAUUGCAGCCUGUAAAUCUUGAAAUUGUUGUUGAACGAAAUUUAGCUGCUGCUUGGUAUACUGAGAUUCCUGAUAUAGCAAUAUCUGGAUGGCUCAAGCCUAUGAAUCUAAUUCUCAGUCAAGAAGACAUAGCCACUAUAUUAAGGACACUGAAUGAAAAUUUAUGGGACAAUUCUGGUACACCACCUCCUUUGCCAGAAUCAAAAGAUACAAAUAGCAACUAUAGUGAUGCACUCAGUACUUCUCAGCACUCUGCAGGAGUAACUGUGGUGACAUCUGCUGUAGUGGAAUUGCAUUCACCUGUUAAAGCUAAAACAACUCUAAAAUUGGACUUCCAAUUUGAUUGUCUGACUUUGGUACUGUAUAGUCCAAACUCUAAACAGGUUUCAGUUUUGAAUCAAAGAGAUGAUAAUUUAAAACUCGCAGAGUUUAAAUUGGUCUUGAUUUCAGCUGCUGUCAAAAUGCUAUCUGAUGGUUCAAUGAAUGCUUUAGUCAAAUUAGCAAACUGCACAUUAGAUGAUAAACGUCUGACAGUCCAGAAGGCAACUCCAAGAAUGGUGGAAAUGAAACAUGGAUCUGAAAAGAAAGACAUGGUGGAUAUAAACUACAAGCAGGGGAGAGAUGGCACUGUUCUCAAUACCAUUGUUCAAGAGAUAUACCUCUGUGCAAGUAUGGAAUUUCUACUUACUGUUGCAGAUGUAUUCCUAAAGGCUAAUGAGGAAAGUGCUGCAGCUCAGAAAACUGUCAAACAAUCUUUAGCCGUAAAGGAAUCUGUAGCUGUAAAGGAACAAGCAUCUGUGCAGCCAGUAUCGACAAUGGAAAUUAAUGUUGUUGUUAAAAAUCCAGAGAUUGUGUUUGUGGCUGAUUUAACAAGAAGUGAGGCUCGUUCAUUAGUACUUACAACACAAUGUGAAAUCUUCAUUAAAAAUUCCCCUCAGUUAUAUAAAAUGACAGCUGCUGUUAAAGAGAUGCAAAUGAAAGCAUGCCCCUUUCUUCCAGAAAAAAGAAAAGGGAAUAUUACCACGGUAUUGCAACCUUGUGAUCUCUUCUUUGAAAUGCUGCAGUCAGGUACUAAUCCACAAAUGAUCGAAGUGUCAAUUAAAUCCCUAACAGUAAAGGUUUCACCAAUUAUCAUAAAUACAGUGAUGACUAUUAUGUCAGCCUUUUCUCCAACGGCAGAGACUGCACAGGAAGAGAUUAGUCCAGUUCCUCCAGACUUGUGGGAUAAGAAAGAUGUAAAAAAUCUAAAACUGUGGUUUCUUGAAGAGUCAAGUGAAAAUGAAAAUACAGAUACACUAGCAGAGUUGGUUCCUACAGGAGAGACCUUACACAUGGAAAUUGCAUCAGUCAUCAUAACUCUUGAAGCUGGGGUGGGUCACAGAACAGUACCUAUGCUUCUGGCAAAAUCAGCAUUUUCUGGUGAGGUCAAAAACUGGAGUACCCUCAUCAACCUUCAUUCCCAGCUUGAACUAGAGGUACAUUACUUUAAUGAGAUGUUUGGUGUGUGGGAACCUUUGCUUGAACCACUAGAAAUUGAAAAGAGUGAUGAUUUCAAACCGUGGACUCUUGGAAUCAAGAUGAAAAAGAAGGCUAAAAAAGCACUAGUUGAGUCAGAUGCGGAGGAAGAACAGUACAAGGUGCCAGAAUAUAAAACAGCAAUAAACAUCUCCUCAAAAGACCAGCUGAACAUUACACUAUCCAAAUGUGGACUACUGAUGUUGAAUAACUUGGGCACGGCAUUUGCCGAAGCAGCUAGCCAAACUUCAGAUAUCUUCAAAAAAGAUCGAGCGCCAUUUGUAGUAAUGAAUUCUUUAGGACUUCCCAUCACUGUAUCGCCCAGUGAUGCCUUUAGUGUGAUAAAUGAUAAAUCUGGAGGAAAAUCUUUUCAGUUAAAAGAUGGAGGAAGUCUAAAUAUGGACUAUCUCAGAACCAAAAGUGAGAGUGACCAGUUCACAGCAAUGACUACCCUAAGCAGCAAAAGGUUUUACAUUCAACUUAGUCCUCAUAGUCACUCCACAGCUGAUAAGAUUCCAUUGACAAAAGUGGGCCGAUUUCUUUACAGAGUAAGACAUGAAGGAUCUGGUGUUGAAAGGUUCAUUGUUUGUCAGAUUGAUACUAUUGAAGGAAGUAAGAUGAUAACUGUACGUUCACCUGUGCAGAUAAGGAAUCAUUUUUCUGUUCCACUGAGUAUUUUUGAAGAAGGAAGAUGUCUAGGAACUGCUUCACCUAAAAAUGAAUUCAGCAUACCAUUGACCUCUUAUAGGUCCGUACUUAGUUUGCAACCUGUAACUGAUGAAAAUGGAGUGGGAGGAGAAUAUGAAAUGUGUGAAGGAAUUAGCUUUAAUGAAAUUAUGAAAAAUGUCGACAGCCUGUUACAGAGGAAAUGCCAGCCUGUGAAGUCUGCUAGCCAUUCAUUUAUCAUUAAUAUUGUGCCAACAAAAGAUACCUUGUCAUCUUCAGAAUGUGGGGAUGUUCAAUGGGAUUUCCCAUAUGUUGUUCAUUUAUGGCCUUCUGUUCUUCUUCGCAAUCUUCUCCCUUAUCAAAUGACUUAUUCUCUAGAGGGAGAUGGCAACACAGGUGUCAUCCUAGAAGAUGGUUGCUCAGCUCAGAUUCAUAAUGCAGUAUUGGAUCAGACCAAGCUGGAAUUGCAAUUACAUAAUUAUCUUGAUCAAAACUGGAGAAGCGAGUACCAGAUAAAAACUACCCAGCAAGAAAUUGGCUUUAUCACCUUCUCUUCUGUCACUGAACUGGAUAAGACAGAAUUGGAUAUUGCUGUCCAUGUGACCUACAUAGUUGGACAGAUGGUUAUAGCAGUUCACUGUCCGUAUUGGAUGGUAAAUAAAACUGGCCGAAUGUUGCAAUACAAAGCUGAUGGUAUUCAUCGCAAGCAUCCUCCAGACUACAAAAAGCCACUUCUUUUUUCUUUCCAACCUAAAAACUUCUUCCAAAACAACAAGGUUCAGCUUAUGGUGACUGACAGUGACCUGUCUGAUCAGUUUUCACUUGAUACUGUUGGCAGUCAUGGUUCUGUUAAAUGCAAGAGUCAUAAAAGAGAGUUUCAAGUUGGUGUCACUAUAGAUAAUAGUAGCUUUAACAUUACCAGAAUUGUGACAUUCACUCCCUUUUUCAUGAUCACAAACAGAAGCAAAUAUACUCUAGAAGUAGCUGAAGACGGCAAGGAAAAAUGGAUUCCUAUCACUUUGCAACAGUGUAUUCCUUUUUGGCCUGAGAAUGAUGCAAAUAAGCUGCUUGUUAGAGUUGAAAACUCUGACAUUCCACCAAAGAAGAUACAUUUUAAUAAGCAAGAGAACUGUACAUUGAUGCAUUUAGACAACGAGCUUGGAGGCCUCAUAGUGGAUGUAAACAUGACUGAACAUUCUACAGUGAUUAUUUUCUCAGACUACCAUGAUGGUGCAGCUCCCUUCCUGUUGAUUAACCAUACCAAAAAUGAAAUUAUUGAAUAUGGCCAGAGUUCUCUCAGUAUGAUGGAAGACAGUCUUCAGCCAAAUAAAGCAGUGUUGUACACGUGGGCUGAGCCAGUAGGCUCUAGGAUAUUGAAAUGGAAAUGUGGAAGGGAGAAAGGAGAAGUAUCUCAGAAGGAAGACAAGAUGACACCUUUUAUUAUGGAUGAUAAAAGGAUAAUUUAUUUAGUCUCAUUUUUUGAAGGCUUACAACGUAUUAUCCUAUUCACUGAAGAUGAGAAUGUGUUCAGACUAACAUAUGAAAGUGUAAAAGCAGAACUGGCAGAACAGGAAAUUGUUAUAUCAUUGCAAGAUGUUGGAAUUUCUUUGGUCAAUAAUUAUGCAAAGCAAGAAGUGUCUUACAUUGGAAUUACAAGUUCUGAUAUAGUUUGGGAGACAAAACCUAAGAAGAAAUCUAGGUGGAAACCAAUGAGCAUCAAGCAAACAGAGAAGUUAGAGCAAGAAUUUAAAGAAUACUCUGAGCAAUCCCCUUCAGAAAAUAAGAUUGUUGAACUGGAAUCAAAUGUUUCGGUCUGUUUAACACCUAAUGGCAGUAACAUGAAAAUCCAACAGCCAAAUGAAAUUCCCAUAAGAAGAAAUUAUCUCCCUGCUUUAAAGGUAGAAUAUAGUACAUCUGCACAUCAGAAGUCCUUCAGAAUCCAGGUUUACAGAAUACAGAUACAAAACCAGAUUCCUGGAGCCAUAUUUCCCUUUGUGUUUUAUCCUAUUAAACCUCCAAAGUCCGUCACUCUGGAUUCAGCACCAAAGCCAUUUACUGAUAUCAGUAUUGUCAUGAGGACUGCAGGCCAUUCUCAGAUAUCACAUAUUAAGUACUUUAAGGUACUGAUUCAAGAAAUGGAUCUCAGAUUAGACCUUGGGUUCCUAUUUGCAUUGCUUGAUCUCUUUACACAGGCGGAUAUGCCCAAAGAUGAAGAGGUUACACUUUUCAAAAAGGAUGUAGAAUCUCUCCAUGAAGAAUUGAUGAGUGUGUCAUCAAUGGAUACAUCACAAAUCAGCUUGUAUGAAUACUUUCAUAUCUCUCCAAUCAAGUUACAUUUAAGUUUUUCACUCAGCACUGGUGGAGAAGAUGGCAACAAACAAGAAAGACAAACUGAACUAAUUCCAGUUCAGUCUUUGAAUCUCCUGCUGAAGAGUAUUGGUGCCACACUCACAGAUGUGCAAGAUGUUGUCUUUAAGUUGGCUUUCUUUGAACUCAGCUAUCACUUCUGUACGACCACACAGCUACAAUCAGCAGUUAUAAGACAUUAUUCAAAACAGGCUAUUAAACAAAUGUAUGUUCUUAUACUUGGCCUUGAUGUUUUGGGUAAUCCAUUUGGCUUCAUUAGAGGUUUGUCUGAAGGAGUAGAAGCAUUCUUCUACGAACCAUACCAGGGAGCCAUCCAGGGUCCUGAAGAAUUUAUUGAGGGAAUGGCACUAGGACUUAAAGCACUAGUAGGCGGAGCUGUUGGUGGAUUAGCUGGUGCUGCAUCCAGGAUUACUAGUGCUAUGGCUAAAGGAGUGGCAGCAAUAACCAUGGAUGAAGACUACCAACAGAAGAGAAGGGAAGCCAUGAAUAAACAACCUACUGGCCUCAGAGAAGGCAUCACUCGUGGAGGGAAAGGCUUAGUAUCUGGCUUUGUUAGUGGCAUAACAGGAAUAGUGACAAAACCAAUAAGAGGAGCCCAGAAAGAAGGAGCAGCUGGCUUUUUCAAAGGUGUUGGGAAAGGUUUAGUGGGAGCAGUAGCAAGGCCCACUGGAGGAAUCAUAGACAUGGCUAGCAGCACAUUUCAGGGCAUUAAAAGAGUUACAGAUUCUUCUGAUGAUGUGACAAGUCUGCGUCCACCUCGUUUCUUUGGUGAGGAUGGAGUUAUUAGGCCUUACAGAUUAAGGGAUGGGACCGGAAGUCAAAUGUUACAGAAAAUUGAAAAUGGAAGAUUUGCAAAGCUCAGAUAUAUUGCACAUGCAAUGGUGAAUAACACAGAUUUGUUAAUGGUAACAAAAAGUGGUGUUUUGUUUGUGACGAAAGGAACAUUUGGACAGCUGACAUGUGAGUGGCAGUAUACUUAUGAUGAGUUUACCAAAGAGCCAUUCAUUGUUGAUGGAAGAAGAUUACGUAUCGAAGCCAAGGAACGGGUUAAAUCUGUAUUUCAUGCCAAAGAGUUUGGAAAAAUAAUUAAUUUUAGAACACCGGAGGAUGCCAAGUGGAUCCUUUCUAAAUUGGAAGAAGUGAGAGAGAAUCAUCCAAAAUUGUAAUACUCCAAGAAUCGUCCAGAUUUGGACAAUCUGAAAGGCAGUUCUGGCUGUUACCCUUUAAUUCCUGUAUAACAUGUGAAACUGAGUAUCAGCAAAAAGGAAGAAAGGGGUGGGGGGGAAUUAUAAAGAUUUUACUAUAAUAGCUUCAGUUUGCCAAUAUAAUAUAUUAUUGUAAUCAAGUUUUACUUGCAUAAACAGUUACUGUCAGGUAAUUCUAGUGAUCAGAAAAGUUUCUACUGACUUUUGGCUUGUUGGGGCUUUUAUACAUAAGAAUUUUAAGUAUGAGAUUCUUUAAAAAUACACUGUAUAGUGAAGGUGUGUUACCUUUGAUUCUUUCAUGUCUGCGAUAGUGUCUGAGCUCUGGAACAAUCCUUAUGAUUUUAUGUGGAACACUACCUUCUGGUGGUGAUCAGAUUCCCAAAAUCAAAUUCUAGUUCUCCAUCCAAUUUUCACACGGAUUUCAGCCACCCUGCUGUAUCAACAUUUAUUGACAUUCAAAUGACCUUAUCAGGGAACAGAUGGACAUAUCCAGCACCAGUCCUUCAGCAAAAAGAAAAUUAAGAAUGACAGUGCUGACCAGAAGUGUGCAAUUUAGAUAUUUAAUUCUAGAGAAGCUUUUUAUUAAUAAAUAUAAUGGAAUUAUUUUCUUUACUUUUUGUAUAUAAAUGAACAGUUGGUGAUAAAUUUAAAAUAUAGUACCACUUUUAGGGUAAAGAUUUUUAUAUACUACUCAAAUUAGCAAAUUGCCUCAUAAACCCAUAUCUUGCUAGUUAUAGAAAAUCGCAUGUUAGUUGACCAACAGAGGUGAUGAUCUGGAGAGGAGAGAGGCUACACCUGUGCAAUAAUGUUAUAAGUAUGCUUUACUUUAACUACAUCAGAUUAUCAAUGGAUUUGCAACAGAAAUACCAGCGGGUGUCACUGAGUUCUAAGAGCACUGUUUCAUGUCUAACUAUCUCUUGGAUUAUGCAGUAGCUCAUGAAAAGCAACCUAGUAAAUUCCAGAAGACGAGAGCGCCAAUCAGAUUUUAUGUUCAAAUUGUAUUUCUAUUAAAAUAAUUUACUAAGGUAAUAGUAAUUACUACUUCACAUUUGCCAUUUUCAGCCUUAAUGCAACUAAUUAAACUGUUUCUGUUAAACAUUUCGUGUUCAGCUGGAAUAAAUAUGAGGCAGCAGAACAUUAUUAAAGAGAGCCUGCGAUGAUGUCAUAUUAUUUAACUUGUUUUCAUGAUGUAUUUGUAGUAAUGUUUGAGGGUGACUUAAAAAUAAAAUGUAGGGGUCAGUUGAUAUAAAAGGUUAAGAGGAACUGUGGUAUAUGAACAUAUUGCUUAAUCCAGAUUUUGAACACUAGAAUGUCUGAUGCAUGUAGUAAGUAUCUACUACCAAAAUAUUUUUUCCAAAACAUUGUUUGGAAUAUGUAAAGCUAGUGCAGUGUAGAGCUAUUCCUCCUGAAAUUACUGGUGGUGCUGGGUGAUCCAAAAUGUUGCUUUGUUGUAAAAGCUAAAGUAACUGGCAUGUCAAACUGCAGUUGUAUUUAUUUAAUUCAUACUAAGUCUUGCCUGCUGUGUUGUGUAACCUUUCAUCUGGUUACCAAAUAUAUUGCUAUAUUGUAAUUUUUCCCCAGAACAUUUAUUCUUUGCUAUAUUGAAUGUAAAUUGAAUCAAGAGAUUAUAAGCAAGUUCCAAAAUGACAGAGAUUGUGUUACUCCACGCCUACAUAUUGCUUUGUAGCAUAAGAAAUUUACCCCAAGAGCAUUUGUUCAAAUUAUAGUUGCCAAACUAAUUGAGUGUUGCCUUACAUGACUUCCUCAGUUCUAGCUGAAUAUCAGAUGGAACAAUGUUUCUGGAUGCCUACUUUUUACCCAUAACAAUUUUUUAUCUUCAAUCCAGCUGGAUCGCAAUCUCUUCAUAAUCAUUUUACUGCACAUCUGCUCCUGAAAUGUCUCCAUUUGGCUUCCCUCAGAAUUUUGUAUUUUCUUAUUCUGUAUAUUCCUGUUCUCUGUUGAAGCCUUUUUCUGGAUUAUCUCCAAACUUUGUUUGUUUGCAUGUACUCCCCCGACAAAGUCACUCUUUCCAAAUCCUAUGUUCAGACUAAUCAACUAACAAGUUCUUUGAGUUACAUCAGUGCUUCCUUGAUAUUUACUGAGUAAUUUUAAUGCUGGGUACUUAAAAUACAUCCUUCAAGGCUAUAUAGGUCUGUGCUUAAGCUCUUAGUUUAGGGAAUUAUUAUUUUUUUCCAUUCUUUGUUAUACUGGUAGAAAUUUUAAAUUCUUUUGAUUGCAGACACCCAGAAAGAAUCUUCCUUAGAGUGGUAAAGGAACCUGGAAAGAGUCUUAAUCACCAGAGGUUUUCAAAAAGUCAUUUGAAGGCCAUAUCCUGGUUUCAGAGCUAUAUACCAGGAUCCUACCACACCAUGGUUUUCUAGAACUCCCACUUCUUAGCACCAAAUUAACCUGGGUAUGCCUCUGUAACCUGGGACUUGUACAGCAUCUUGACUAACCAGCCUCUGUGGAGCAGUCUUAACAAUUAUGUAAUAUCCUGGACAACCAGAAUGUUAUUCAACCUCCAAAGAAAAAAAAAUGUUUUUAUUCCACUACAAAUAGGUGUAUUGGUAACAGAAGCUCCGAUAGACCAAAACUAAAAAAAUAAUAAUAAUUCAGAAACUUUAAUAGUUUUGUUAAAUACCAAUUUUGCUGUCCAAAUGAAUGAGCACUAUAAAAUAUGCAAGAGACCUAAGUAAAACAUUAUAAAUGAUAAUAUCUACUUUCUUUUCUAUAAAAUGGCAGAAUUUCAUUAAGAUUUCUCUAAUUUUUUUUUUCCCCAACCUUCAAAAAUAUAAAUAAACAAAACCAGAUAUUAAUGCAGCUUGGAAUAUGUUCCUUUUGAGAGAGUUAGUUUUGUUUCCAUUUUGGCAUUGCAGUCUUAAUAGAUUUUUUUUGUCUGUGCAAUCGCACAGUGUCUUCAGGUUAAGGUACAAGUUUAGUUAAGGUGUAUUUCUAGAGGUGAAAGGCUCACUUCCAUUGCCUUCAAGGAACUGCGUGCAUCCAAGGCCACAUGUUGCACCUAAGAUAUGGUUAACCAGUUAAUCAUAUCUUAAGCUGAGACCCAGCCACACAUAAAAGCAACUAAUAUAGUCAUAAAACAAGGAGUAAGCCACAAAGUUACUCCAUAAAAAUGUGUGGCUGGUUCCUAUUGUGCCAUGAAUAGAACGUUUGGUUAGGUGCACCCCUGCAGCUGGGAGCCCUGUCAGUUGUUCUGGGCUGCAUCACACACCUUCGUGGCUGGAGCAUGGGUGAUCUGAUGGGCCUCCCAUGGAGCCCUGUCAGUUGAGAGGGAUCCCAGCCACAGGGUUUGCAACUUGGUGGUGCAGGAUGAGCCCAGGAUCAAGAUGUGCAAUUGUGUGGAUUGUGUGUUGGAUUCUAAUGCACCUUCAUCUGCACUUCUGGCAGGGGCCUAAGUGAGAGCAGAAUCAGUCUUUAGUCUUAAUCUUUGUUUAAUAAGUAGUCAAGUUUUUCUAAGGGACUUUAAUUAAAGGGAGAGUAUUAUAGUACUUAGUCUCAGCGUCAGUCAAAAAUUAGAUGCAAGAUUUUAAGACCUACCUAACAUUCUGGUAGUGUCUUAUAUUUUUCCCUCCUUUCUGUUUCUAUUUCCAAAAUGACAGUAGCUUAUGGUGCUUUAUUUUUCAUAAAAUACACUAAUGUGUCAGUUCUGAGUUUUUCCUCUCAGGUUAUGUAAGAAAAUAGUAAAUUAAGGAUUACAUGCAAGUAUUACUGUAUAAUGGUAAAGUACAAAUAAACUUGACAUAGUUCUUGAACUUUAACUAUAAAGCAUGAAGUUUUAUAAGAUAUUAGGGAUAUAAAUUUCUAUUUUUAUGAAUGAAUUGGUAUAAUUUGCAGCACUUGUGGAUAGUUUGCAGUAUGGCAAUAUAAUCAAACAAUUCAAAUAUUUAUACCUGCUACUGAUACAAUAGAUUCAUAGACAUUCUCAUUUUAAUAUCUGUAUAUAAAAGCUUGAGAAUUUUCAAGCUUCACUACUGAGUCCAGCAAAGCUCAAAAAAAAGGAAAGAAAGGUUAGCAAUAAAUAGAAGCAGCUUUUUCACUGUAUCACUAGCAAGGAGCCCAAAGAGUCCAUUAUGCCUAGCAGAGUGAAUAAAAGUCUUCCAGGAAAAGAUAAGAAAACUUUUCUUCCUUGUCAUUCUGAAGCAAGCAGAAAGCCAUCUCUUGAAUGAAGAUAAACUACCUCCUUCCAGAACAAUUUCUAGAGAUAUGAUUUUCCCCUUAUUUAAUGUAUGGAUGGAGUCAACAUUGGACAAAGGUCAGAUUUUAUUUAACAAGAUUAUCUUUUUGAGCAGACCUGUCUUCCCUUCAUAUUUUCAGUGUUCAUAUUUUAACCAGAGCACCAUGUAACAAUAAACUGAACUGACUGUAUUUGACAUCGCAGAAAUGUGUUUCCAUAUUCCCAUAUACAAAUGUCAUUGGAAAAUCUGCAAGCUCUGUGAAGGUCACCAUUUUUUAUUCAGAAUAUUACUAUUCUGCUUCUUGGUCCCAAGGUAAUUAUGAAGCCCCUCAGGAUGAUUACAGCCAGACUUCAGUCUAAUCUACAUGAACACAUGCCCAUUUAAGGAUAGCAUCCCAAGGGAGCGCUAACUCCUUCAAGAAUUGAUAGAAAUUACAUGCCUGAAUUUGAACUGAUGGUCAUCAUAGGACUGUACCGCUAAUCAAAGAGUCUUCUGAGAUCAUAACAUAAAUACCAUAACUGGAUCAUGAGAUCUAGGUCAGAUUAACAUAACUAGGUCAUGGGGGGGGGCGCUCAGGCGAAGGCAGCAAAAUUGCCUCAAUUUAAAACUUUUCCCAAAUGACAGAAAAUGGAUCACAAAAAUACCUCCAGUGCAUCACUACCUGCAAGUAAGUGUGAUAAUGUGUAAAUCUUUGGCCCGCGGAGCAAUUCCAAUACAUCUUAUCAUGUCAGUAGUCCUCUUGAAGACGAUCUCUUAGCCAUGUUAGCAAUCAGUCAUUGCUCUACAUUGUAAUGAGAGCCUUUCAGGGUUACCCAGGAAGUGCAAAAGAAGAGAUUGAUUACCUAUAACUCUCUAGUAAGUCAGUAUGCAUAGCUUGCCCUUUGGAAUGUUUCCAUUCCAGCAUCAAGGAGUGUGCGCAGGCAAUUUUCCAAAUGAAUCAGUUGUAUACCAGUAAAUAACCUUUCCCAUAAAGAUUGUUUUAAGCAUGUAUCACUGGUAUUUUACUUCAAUCUAUUCUAGUUGUGUUAUUAAGAAAAUGAUCUUCCGAUACAGCGCACUAUAAAAGGCACAUUUGAAGGAGCUAAGUAAAGAUUUACAACAACAUAUAGAAACAGUUCUAUUUCCUGAAUUGCCUCCAUAAAUUACAACGAUCCUAAUAUUCACAUCACAAAACAGCAUGUUUAAAAAAAGUCACUGGGAACUUUGGUACAAAAAACCAAAGUAUUUUCUCAGACUGUAGUAGCUGUAACAGUGAACAUUGCAGCAAGUGAACUGCUGUUAUUUGACAACACAAGGACUAUGUUUGCUUGCUUAAGACUAUUUGAGGCACAUAAGAGUUAGAAGAUGAAAAAAAUUGUGGCUUCAAAUUAAUGCAAAUUGAACCCUGUUAAGCUCCUAAAACUCAAAAAGUUCUUAUGAUGUUAUUUGCAAAUCCCCAAACGUACGUUAAAUCAGAUCAUAUAAGAUUAUUUCCAAACUUCAUUUUGUUCUGUUGAUAUUGAAUGGUACACGCAGAACUAUAGUUCACCCCUUAAUAGAUAUUGCAGCUAGCAGCAGGGAGAGAGACCUGUCCACAUUUUUCUGUUGUCAAAGAUGAAAAGAUCAUUCUCGGUGUCAUCUGUGCUUGAACUGAAACUGCAUUAAUAAGAACUGGCUGGGAUGAGGUGCUGUCUCAAUGCACAAACAAAACGUGACUGGUACAGUCUUUUCUAAUCUAUUUAAUCAAUGAUGAAUGGUAAUUCCAAUGUUUUAAAUGUUCACUUUAUGGGUGGGGGUGGAAAUAUAUAGAAUUACAAACCAAACCAUUUCCAAUGCAGGUAUUGCAGAUGAAAAAAUGCAGACCAGGCUUUCUGCUAAAAUAAUUAUGUAUUUGUAAAUGACUUGGACCUUCUUGUAUCUUUUUCUGACAUUCUGAUACCAAACCAAAACUUUCAGUUUUCUGUUCUUAAAUUUUUUGUGUAUAAGAUAAAUAAUUGUCUUGGUAGACAGCUAAAACUAAUUAAAAUGAAAAUUGUGCUCACAUAAAGAAAUAAAUAUUUACACUUAU